GUCCUCCUCCACUCGCACUUGUCUCUUUGAGAAUAUAAAGGCUGUUUGACUUCACAACACUUUCACAGGCUACACAAAGAAAGACAGAACUGGGACGAAUACAUCUGUAUUGACAUCUCAGCACUAGGUAAAAAAAGUUCCCCUAAAAGGCACCAUGUCAAUGGGAAUGGAGAUGGGGGGCAUAGCCCUGGGAAUUAUCGGUUGGAUCAUUAGUAUUAUCACUUGCGCUCUUCCAAUGUGGCGUGUCUCGGCCUUUGUUGGCGCAAACAUCAUCACGGCACAAGUCAUCUGGGAGGGUUUAUGGAUGAAUUGUGUAGUACAGAGCACCGGACAGAUGCAGUGCAAGGUCUAUGACUCCAUGCUGGCUCUAUCGCAAGACCUUCAGGCUUCCAGAGCCAUGUCGGUCAUUGCCGUCAUCUUGGCCAUCCUGGGCGUGUUGAUCUCAAUCAUGGGCGCCAAAUGCACCAACUGCAUCGAGGAUGAAGCCUCCAAGGCUAAAGUGAUGAUCGUCUCUGGUGUGAUGUUCAUUGUUGCCGGCAUCCUGGAGCUCGUUCCGGUUGCCUGGGUGGCAAACCAAACCAUUCGCGACUUCUACAACCCCAUACUGAAUGCCGCUCAGCAAAGAGAGCUUGGGGCAUCCAUCUACAUAGGGUUUGCCGCUGCUGCUCUGUUAAUAAUUGGAGGAGCAUUGCUGUGCUGCACCUGUCCUCCAAAGGAGAAGCGCAUGCCACCAAGAAUGGGCUACUCUGCUCCGCGCUCCACCAAUGGUGGAUAUGACAAGAAGGACUAUGUUUAAAAAUUGUUUUCUUGUAGAAACAUUUAAACAAAGAAAAAUUAGAAGGAUAUGAAGAUCUCACAGAAAGGGUGGAGAUACUUCUAAAAGGACUCCGCAAUGAAGGGUCAUAUGAUGCUGUCAAUAUUUGCUUUUCAUCUGUUUAUGAGUGGCAGGUGUGCGUGUGUGUGUGUGUGUAUGUUAAGGGCUGGUUUCUUAGGUUUACCUGUCAGGGAUUUUUGUGUUUAUACAUUUCAUGUUUUUAAUACGCUUGUUUAAAUUUUCAUGUUUUUUGUUCAGCUGUUCUUUUGUAUGUGUCUGUGUGUCAUUUGAUACCCAACGGUCAAAAUUUGUCAAAAUAUAUUCUUUGUUCUUUUUAAGCAAAUAUAAAUAGGCAGUUAUAUGUAUAUUAUAUGUAAGAGAGCGAGACAUUUUUUUAGAAAAACAUUCGCUGCUUCAGUCUGAUGGCUUUUUUAUCACUUAUGUAUUUUUACAGGAAGAGGAAGACUUUACUCUUUACAUGUAUUUGCUUAUGAAAAUUUCACUGGACAAAGACACUGAAUAUGUAUUUUGUUUUGUUUUUGCUUUUAGAUUUCAGUUUUUGAGGUUGUAUGUCAUCACCUUUCAAUAUAGUUUACUUAAAACCUUUUUUUUAUUAUCCAUUGAUAUUUUUACAGAGUUAAAAGACAUUUGUUAAGUGUAUUUCCUAUAUAACCCUUUAAGUACUGUAACUUAUACUAAUAAAUUGCGUUGCUUUAUAUUAUUAAAAUUGAAUGCGCGGAAAAGAUAAAUAGUACAAUAGCUGGUAUAUAAAACAAACGGUCAGUUGCAUCACACAAUAGACUGUUGGAGUGGUUGUACCUGUUCGGCCCAUUGUUGUACAUUUGGGGCAGUAAUGUGAAUACCAAUUCUGAGAGCGACCACUCAAUUUACAAACCUUAGGCAAGCUUUAGUUGUUUGCUAUAGGUGGUGACAGACGGAUCCGACCAAAACCGGUCUGAAUAACUGGAAAGGGCAAGAGGGAUAGUGAUUAGAAAAUGUAUAAGGCACAAAAUGUUUCAUUUAUCAUAUGCAUAUACUAAAUGUCUGUACCUAAGUUUAUUGUAAAUUCAACAAAACUGCAAUAAAAAUUUUUUAAGAACAA